CGUUAAACCUCUCUCGUUUAAGGGCACGAAAGCUUGAAAUCUUAUGAAUUACAGAUAAUUUUUGGUAAUUAUUUGCAUAUGACAACGUAUUACGACGGUGUAUACGGAAAUAUAUGGCCGUUGAAGUCCAUGCCUACACAUCAGUUUAACAUUAAAUGAUGUGACAUCCUCCCGACUUUCGUGGGUAAAAUACAUGAUGACAGAGGACACUGCAUCAUCACAGUGAGUUUGGCCACCAAUGCAGAAAGAUGCAUACCUGGAUUACAGUCGUAUUGUUUGUUGCCACAUCUGUGUGUACUGUGGAAAUGGUUGAAAAUUAUGGGGACAUGUGUCAAAGACUGUGUGCCUGUGAGGAGAAAGAAGGCAUACUGACUGUGAGCUGUGAAAACAGAGGGAUUGUUGAUCUCUCAGAGAUCAGCCCAGUAUUCUUCCCAACCUAUCAUCUAUUGCUCACAGGGAAUCUUUUAAAAAUGCUAUCUGCCAAUGAUUUUGUUGAUUACAAUGGACUCACGAUACUGCACCUGGGCAACAAUGACAUAUCUGAGGUAGAAUCGGGAGCUUUUAAUGGACUUCAGGGAUUAAAGAGAUUGCAUCUCAAUAAUAACAAAAUCGAUGCCUUGAAGGAGGAUUUUUUCAUUGGCCUUGAAAGUCUGGAAUAUCUACAGAUUGACUAUAAUUACAUCACUCACGUGGAGCAGAAUGCCUUCAGCAAGUUGCGUCAUCUGGAGGUUCUGAUUUUAAACGACAACUUAAUUUCAACUCUUCCCACAAACCUCUUUCAGUAUGUCCCUUUGACUCACCUUGAUUUGAGGGGUAAUCAACUGAAAGUGCUCCCUUAUUCAGGCUUGUUGGAACACAUGAACAGUGUAGUGGAGUUACAGCUGGAGGAGAAUCCUUGGAACUGUUCCUGUGAGCUGAUAGCUUUAAAGACCUGGCUGGAGAGCAUAUCUUACACAGCUUUGGUUGGCGAUGUGGUGUGUGAGUUCCCUUUCCGGCUUCAUGGUAGAGAUCUUGAUGAGGUUUCCAAACAGGAGUUAUGCCCCAGGAGAGCUAUUGCUGAGUAUGAGAUGCAACCCCAGCCUCAUCUGAGCACUGAUGCACACCACAGAACCACACCCUCCUCGGUUACGGCCUCGUUCACUCUCUCUGGGAUUGCACGCUCGUCAUCAAGGCCGACCAAGGGUCCUCGUCCGGCGGGCAAAUUAAAGUCCAAACCCACCUCUCGGAUUCCAUCCAACAGACCACAGAACUAUGGUCAGAUAAUAUCCUAUCAGACCAAAUCUCCUGUGCCUUUGGACUGUCCCGCUGCUUGUACAUGCAAUCUCCAAAUUUCAGACCUUGGUCUAAAUGUCAACUGCCAAGAGAGGAAGAUAGAACGCAUCUCGGACUUAAAUCCCAAACCUUACAAUCCCAAAAAGAUGUAUCUUACAGGGAAUUAUAUCCCUGUGGUGCGCAGAUCGGAUUUCAUUGAGGCGACUGGAUUAGAUUUGCUUCACCUUGGCAACAAUCGAAUAGCUCACAUACAUGACAGAGCCUUUGGGGAUCUGACACAUUUGCGAAGGCUGUACUUAAAUGGUAAUCUGAUAGACCGCCUCACAGCGGAGAUGUUGUAUGGGUUAGACAGUCUGCAGUUCUUGUAUUUAGAAUACAAUGUCAUUAGGGAAAUCGCGUCUAACACCUUUCAGCAUGUACCCAAUCUUCAGCUGCUCUUCCUGAACAACAACAUGCUAAAGACCUUACCUGGGGGAAUAUUUAAAGGGUUGACACUGGCACGUCUAAAUCUUCGUAACAACCAUCUCCGUUAUCUGCCUGUCAGUGGUGUGUUGGAUCAGCUUACAACACUGGUGCAAGUCGAUUUGUUUGAGAAUCCCUGGGAUUGCUCCUGUGCCAUUGUGGAGUUAAAGAUGUGGCUGGAGCAGCUUAGCACUGGGACUGUUGUAAACAAUGUCAUCUGUGGCUCUCCGAAGAGGCUGGCCGGGGAGGAUAUGCGGUACAUUAAGUCAGCUAAUUUCUGUCCUAAUAACUCUGAAGUACUUGCUUCUAUGAUCCCUCCCUCUGAAGAAUCGUUCCCUGGCAGCACCAUCUCCAUAGAAACAUCCUUGGAUUACGACACGCAUUUCAACACCGUUCCAUUAUCUUUCCUGAUUCUUGCCCUGCUUCUGCUGUUUAUAGUGUCGGUGUUUGUGGCCGCUGGACUGUUUGUGACCCUAAAAAAAAGACGGCAAAAGUCUCAAAACGAGCAGAAUAACUCAGUGAAUGCAUGCAUUAGCUCGCUCAACAUGGAGUAUGGACUUUACAAGAAGGACUCCAUUCCAAAAGUCAGAACGUCUGCUGGGCAUGUGUAUGAGUACAUCCCACCUCCUACGGAGCACACAUGCAAGAAACCCGUCUACAGCCCAGCAGAAAACAAAUUGGUGGAUGGAUAUAGAGACUUUGAUGAGCUCAAUGGGGCUUUCCUGAAUCACUGCGAUGUGGAGGCUGGCAGCAAUGCAAUAAGCUCCGAUUACAGUGUUAGCACUCCAGAGCCUCUCAACAAGCCCUCUUCCCCCUUACACGAUAAUCAGUAUGACUACAGAGAAGUCUUAAACCAAGACAAACAGUCACCUUACAGCAAUACUCUGCCAUGCAGGCAUGCAGGCCAUUCAUCUAAUCAGUAUACCUCAGACUUUGAUGUUCGGCAUCAAUAUAUGCACCCUGAGAGAAUACAACAAACAAUACUUUAUUGUACAGCACCAAGUACUGUUUAUGUGGAGCCAAACAGGAGUGAGUACUGGGAACUGAAAGCCAAGCUUCAUAUUGAUCCAGACUACCUUGAAGUUCUUGAAAAACGUACAACAUUCACCCAGUUUUGAGUGACUCAACAUUUCUUUCUGCAAAGGGUAAAAAACGAAUGCAGUUGAGCAGGAAUUUUUCACUUACGAUAAGAUGAAACAACCUGAUGGAAUGAGUGCUGUCUGGAUAGUUCAAUACGCUCUGCAUAGCUCAAAUUGCUUGAUUAAAUAUAAUCUGUAACUUGUCUUGCUUUGAGAAGUACUAUUGUAGGUUAUAUAUAACAUACCUAGGCAUCAACAAACUUUCUACAAACUAUGUACAUAUGCAGCUUCAUGCUUGUUGCACCUUUUUAUGAAAUGAGUUACUCAAGUGGUGUCUCAGUUUUUUUUUUGUUUCUAUGAAGAUUCAAGCAAACAAUUCAAAAUUCAUGAGAGUAAUCUACAUAAUAGAGUUUUUUCAGUGAGAUUUUCAGUGUGGUACAGUAUGCUUACUUCAUCAAUGAUUGCCUAUUUUUAUAUACGAGUAUAAAGAUGAAAAUCUUUUCUCUGUUCAUGUUUUUGUUUGCACAAAAUGCACUAUUGACUAUUACAAGUCAACAAUAUGAUGUCACUUUUUUAUCUGUAAAGAAUUAUGUAUGUCACCAAACAUGCAUAAAGCCAUAGCAUCAACAACUGCACACAUUUAGCAAAUGCAUCAUUGGUAGGUAACAUUUAAGGUAUUAUUGCACUAUACGGUGAAAAAUAAAUAGUUAUAGUUUUACAAAAUAAGACAAUCAUCAAACAAUCUUUCUCAGAUUUUUUCCUAAAACAUUGCUGGUACACAACACUGACAAUAUUUACAAUAUUUACAACCAGUUCAAACUGAAACCUGAUUGGACCGCCUAUAAUUACUUGUCCAAUAGAAAUCGGUAUAUAAAACACAUGGUCACUCAAACAUUCUUUUCAUUUUUUUAUGUUCCUAUUACUACAUUUGUACAGCAUUUUUGUCUGCCUUUUAUAAGUGAGCACACAAUUUAGAAACUACACCUAUAUUUUGUACCAGACAUCCAUGUGUGAGUAUUGUAUUACUGUGAAUUGUACCGUUUCAUUGUUAAAUGGACACAUUUACUCUUUUGGUUUUAUCUCUUUACACUGUAUGUUCAAGAAGUCUUCAAAGACACAUGUGUAAAGACGAGUACAGCCAAAGUCCAGUCAAGGAUGGAAAUGGGAAUAGCAUAACUGGUGAGACAGAAAUACACUAUGUUCAGGAGAGACUAACUCCUUAGUUCCAGGUUGUCAUGACAUUUUCCUUGUGAGCCAGUGCUGUAGAUUCUAGUUAGUGUCAGAAGAUGCCCCCUACAGAAAACAGCGCUCAGAAAUAAUGCAGUAUAACACAUUUCUUGGUCAAAAGUGCAAGCAGAAGAAUUGUCUAGUGUAUGCCAGGAUGUCUAAAGCAUAGAGAAUGACCGUUUACAGCUUAAUGCAUCUAAAUGUGAAAUAUGUAUGUGCUUGUCUAUAUGGAUCCCAUUCUUCUUACAUUAUUGACCUCAUUACAGGUUCAAAAUAAACAUGGUGUACUUGGUUCAUGUAUGUAU